GUGGGGCUGUUAUCUUCUUGAGCGAUGACAAUGGSGCCACUUGGUACUGUUUUGGGGGUGUGGAGAAAUCCGAGGCGGGCAGGAAGACCUACGAAGGGAGGAUGUUUAGGACCUUCUUCCUCACGUCCGUCUUCGACAGCGCUGGGACGGACUGGGUCAAGGAAGACAAGAAGGUCUCCCUUGACCUGCGUCUCUUCCAAGGAUACGGCGUCAAGGCUUUCUCCAUGAAAGCGUUUGACGUGCGUGGGGACGGAACUGAAUUCCGAAUGCUUUCUCCGGAAGGAUUUCUCAGCAAAACAAAUGUCAACCGCGUCACUGGCUGCCUUCCUGUUGUCGACAGUUCUUUUCGGAUGAGCAAACCUUUGGUCCAAUUCAACAGUCCGAUGGACCUGCUGCCAGGUGUGGUUAAGCGGUACAGGGAAGACUUCUCGAAGCUGCCGCCUGAUCAGCAAACGGACUGUGUUUUUUUGCCCUUCGAGGCGGGUUCCAAGAGCAGCCGACAAACGCCGUCCGCGACGACAGGGAAGAUAAAGAAGUUGCCGGGUGGGCCUUCGGGCGCGAAUCUUCCCUCGCCCUCCGUGAGGGGAGGUCGUGAUUUGGCUCAAGGUUCAAGCGAGGCAACGGAGUUUGAUGACAGGCUUCUGCACCAGCGCAAUGUUGGCCGUGAGAAUUCCCAGGGCAGUGCAAUUGCCCUGGACGAGGACAACGACGAGGACGAGGAAGGAGGAAGUGCUGGGCCGCAUGACGACAGCGGUAAUGAAGCAGAUGUGGAAGUUGGGGAUGACAACAUGGAGGACCAGGGCGGGCUUGCUGACGAGGACGUCGACACGCCAAUGCAUGGUCAUGACAUCUCCCCCGCCGGCGUUGUGGGAGCCGCUAUUGGUCAGCCCUCGACGUCCCGUGGAAUUUCGCUAUUGCAAAGCAGGAGUAAGGGUGGGCACGACUCACAUGCAAUGGAAGGACCGAAGGCGAGGAAAAGAACAAGGGAGACUUCUCCGUCUGCUUCUACUCACAAGAGGCAAGCCAGGACUGACGCUGUUAAUGAGGGUCGUGGAGCUUUGACGGCGUCCCAGGAGGCGCGGCCUCCUCGGAAGAACAGUCAAGGGGGGCGAUCUGGGGGUCAAGGCGGUGGCCGUGGGGGCGGUGGCCGUGGAGGGGCGCGGAAAGGCUCCCAGAGGGUGAGACCACAAGAGCUGUGGGACUCGGGGGAUGAGGGCGAGGGAGUGGAUCCUCGCAUGCCCGAAGAUGCUGAUGAGCCGGUUCAGCGCGUCGCGCCCAUCGAUACUACGCGUUGUUUCUUCCUCGAAUACGACGACCAAGGCUUUGCUACGCAAGACGUCCAUGCUCUUCACGUGGACGUCAUGAGAAUCAAACGCAUUCCCCGUAGAAGGAUUCUUUUCAACCACCGCUCGUUGUCUGAAAACAUUGUGCGAAGCAUCGAGAAUGCCAUCGAAAACUCCAUUAGCACGAACCCGGGGGCGUGGGAUAGGCCCGAGCUUGUGCUUGCGCCAGUUGACCGCAAUGACAUUAUCGGCGGUCAGGGAAGACGGAUCACGCCGACCGAAUUCUUGGAAAGGGACCCGGCAGAGUUCGACUGGUACGCUGUCUGUGGUCAGCAUACCAUUGAGGCCAUGAAGAGAUUGGUCAGAAAGGGCUCCCCAGCAGUUAAAGUUUAUGGCCUCAACGCGUACUCUAAGGUCUUGCCUCCAAGAGUGAACACAGAGUGCCUCCUCGACAUCAUGCGAAAGGAGCGGUACAUGCUGCGUAUGUUCAAUUAUGUUUUGUUCUGCGCCGAGGGAAGGGCGGACGACGAAUGGAACGACGCGUUCUUCAUGUCGUACAAGGACCUUGAAGACAGGUAUGGGCCAAACGGUCUGUGCGCUGCUGAAUGGGAGAAGGAACGGGACAAGUUACAUGUCAAUAAGGUGAAGAUGGUCCCUCGACGACUUGGAGGAGUGGAGGAGGCAAGGCAAGGCGCGGGCUUGGGGCCUACGACGACAAUGUAUAAGGAGGCUCCGUUUCACCUUAAGGUCUUCAUAUACACUGCAAUCGAUAAGCUUGAUUUGCUUCACGCCGAGGUGAAACGGAUCGCCUCCAGCGCGCGUCAUAUUGUGUGGGACAAGAUUGGCAAACAAACGACGUUGCUACCUGUGUGCAUGCCAUCGAAGGAAGUGUUGGCAGCGCUAGACGACAUCGUCGCUGCAGCGCAAAAAAUGACAUGCAGGGCCGCCAUCGUGGACAUCCCAUCCUCGAACUUCAGCACGACGUGGACCUCUCACGAAUUUGAUGCCUUGCACACAUUGAUGACCAAGUGUUGUGGCCAGAAUUGGGUCCUUUUCUUCUUUGCGCCGCAGAAGGUGCAAAGCGAUGUUCUGCGUCACUUGUUCCGCUGGGAGGAUGUCGAAGUCAUCCCCGGGACCUGGAAACGGGUGGACAGGCUACCGAACGACAUCACACGAUACGGCACUAUGGCUACGACGAGUCGAGAUAUGAUGGUCAUUGUCCUGCACGUCGAUGGAGGGGAUCUGAAAAAAGUAACUGUCAAACCCCGACUCCACAAUGACCUCACAACCGUGCACGUUGUGGAGGAGAAGUUCGGGAACUGUCAAGGUAAACAUGGUGGGAUAGAGGGCGAUGAUAGUGCGGGACAUGUCCACAAGUUGGGACGCAAGAGACUGAAGAUGUGGGAAUACCUGUUCCGCGAUGCGCCACAAGGACGGCUUGACGGGAAUUACAUCUACAGGAAAGCGAAGGUGACAGAGACCCUCAAACAUUAUCACGGUGCUCUUACUGGCGCCUUUGAGACUUUUGUCGCUCGAUGCGAGAUCCUGAAGUUCGAUCUUCAUAAAGACCAGCUGAUGUCCAAGGACUACGCUGACCUCGCGAAAUCGGGUGAUGACUUUAACCCCGUCGACAGCGAGGAAAACUCUUCGGGGUUCGACCUCGAAUUGGGCGAUGGCAAGGGUGGUGAAGGUCCGGGCGGUGGCAUGGUGCGGUCACACGAUGAAGGGACCGUUCGCUCGCAUGAAAGACCCGUACAGGUGGCCGCCCCCAGUGUUGGCUCGAUGGUGGCCCCCAUGGAGGGCACCGGUUUGCCAAACAUGGGAAUAUGUGGUCCCAAUGAUGAAGAUGACAUUGAUAUGCCAGGCGAGGCGUCGAAGCUCGCACCAGGCGAUCCAAUUCCUCCCGGCUAUUGUGCUGAUCCGACCACAAUUUAUUUCUUGGGGGGCAAACACGCCCGCACUGGUGAGGAUAAGUGGGGCCAUGACAUCUUAGAGUACAGUUGGAAAUUUUACGCCCUGCGAACGAGUCCCUCAUGUGGGUCAAUCGACUGGAAGGUCAAUCAAACUAUCGGAACCAUGGAGGGGAGCAGCUCUCAGGAUGCCGUGCCUUUGUCGGCAUCGCCCCCCGUACCCACGCAGGCAGGGCAGAGGGAGGAUGACGGGAGUAAUGUGGUGAAGACUCAAGAGGUUCACAUGACGUUUAUGCCGCAAAUCUCCGUCGACACGACAGAACCGUCCAAACGCAUGGAUGUGUCAAAUGCAAUGUCGUCAGAUGCAGGUGCUACGUACGAGAGUUUAUUACUGACAUCCGCCGCAUUAGAAGGCAUAUCCGAAAUGCAGUCAGAGUCAGGUGUUGGCCUGAGCGUGCCGGACAGUCAGUUGCAAUCGGAGUUAUGCACAGGCAAAGGUGAUGCACAAGUACAUCUGACACCACAGGGAGGGGCCGUUGCGGAUGGUGGGAAGGGAGAGGAUGUGGAGGGAAUCCUUCAUCCUUGCAAUCUUGAGACCUUAACUGAUGAUUUCAAUUAUGGGGGUGAGGGUGGAAAUGACGUGGUCAAUACGAGGGGAGUGUGAAAUGAUCGGUGAGGCGGGACGGGGGCGAUGGAGAGGGAGAAACCAACGAUAUGAUUACAAUGUUAUUCUUUUCUUUGUUAAUUGAAAUCGCACAAUUGACUCG